CCGGAGAGCCCCCGCCGAUCUUCCCUGUGCCUCUUCACUUGAUGAUUGCAUUACUCUUCUCACGGAUUUGUGACAACAUUCAGCUUUGUGCACACAAACUUCUGGUCCAUUCUUGCGCUGGCCCCCGAAAGCGACCCUGCGCUAUGCCAAGGGCUGGAUGGUCCUCGUGAGGGCCCAUUGCUCACAUUUGUCCGCGAUUGUCUCGUCUCACCAAGCACACCACCGAUUGUGGUCAACAAAAAGCUCCAAAUCAAAGAAUCUGUGCGCGAAGGUCCAUGCUCGCGCUUUGAUAAUUGGUCUGGUGCCGCCUAAGUGUAUAAAUGCGAGCAAGCUCAGAGACGGGCACUCGACCGCCCACGGCCGACAAUGUACGCUGAGCCAACGACUUCGCACGAAUCUACGGAUUUCUACGCUGUGUACAACCCUUGGGGUAGUAGUCACGGCAGAUAUCUUCCGUCUCCGCCCGAAGUACAUGUUUGCGGACUCCCCGGGUGUACCAUGUCCUUCGACCUCGCCAGCGACCUCGCAGAGCACCAGGAUGAAUACCAUAGAAUCGUAGACGUGGACGAGAAACGACUAUGGAGGGACACGCUCACCCUGUGCGGCGAAUCCACUCCUUCUCGAACUCAUGACUGACCUAAAUAUACCCCACGCAGUGCGGAGAAAUCGAAACUGCCCUGCGGAUACUGUCCGAAGCGCUUUUCCACGCGGAGUUUGCUCUUCGACCAUCGGCGGAGCGUCCACAGGCUCAAGAUCAAGACGAAGCGCGAGCGGUGCAGAGCGCGAUGGGAGGCCAUGCUCGCACAGUCGUGGCGCGACGGGGCCUUUGUCGGGAGAGACAAGGACGCGCCGCUCUGCGAUCCCUUUGCGUCGGUUCUGCCGAAUGGGCCCGGUCAGGUUGCGGCGGACGAUACAGCUCCUGACCCGCAGCCCAUGCCGAUCGGAAAGCCAGGACAGCGGCCCGUAAAGCCAUGCAUCGGGAUUUCGUGUUUUGGCUGCUCCAGCCCUGACCAUGUUGGUCCCGUCGCUUCAUCAAGCAAGUCCACCAGUCCGUUUCAGCUGCUACAAUGGCCGGCGUUAGCCGCGGGUCCUUCUCAGCGCUGGGAGACACUCUUCUAGACUCGGGCCGAGGAGCAUCUUCGGACAGCCGACAUGCCGCGGAGAGUGAAGCAGGGCAAUUCCGAUGGAGACAUCCACCUCCCGUUCAUCUCCGAUCUCCUCAAUGAAAACAGAUCGUAGUGUACAUUGUGAAACCAUUGAUGUGAUUAUCCGUGUCCAACAAUCACGUAUGUUUAAC